CUGGCAGUCGUUUAAAGUGCGCUGAGCUACCGGGGUUUCCUUGUCUGACUGGGACUAGCGAGCAGAUAGGCAGAUGAUAACAGCAUCAGUUGCUGUUACUAGAUCUCAAUGAACUGCCCUCGAAGAAGCCACUGAUCGUGCCUGCUGCUUUUUGCAGAGGUGGUAAACUGAUCAGUGUCCGGAAAAACGGCUCUAUGAGAUAUUUCUUCAUUGAGUCUUUUCUUUUUUUUAGUAUUUCAAGGUCUGUGUAGCCUCUUUCCACCAUGGUGCUAGGAAAGGUAAAGAGCUUCACAGUAAGCUAUGACUGUCUCAAUGACAGCAAUGUCCCCGUUUUCUCGAGCGGGGACUGCGUCUCAGGGAGGGUGAUCAUCGAAGUCACCGGAGAAAUCCGCGUGAAAUCUCUCAAAAUCCACGCGAAAGGAUUUGCAAAAGUUCGUUGGACUGAAUCGAGAAAUGCUGGAUCCAACACUGCCUACACGCAAAACUACACAGAAGAAGUGGAAUAUCUGAACCACAAAGACAUCCUAAUCGGACACGAGAGAGACGAUGAUAACUCGGAGGAAGGACUCACCACUAUCCAUUCAGGAAGACAUGAGUAUGCAUUCAGCCUUGAGCUUCCACAGACACCUCUGGCUACCUCUUUCGAAGGGAAACAUGGCAGCGUGCGCUAUUGGGUAAAGGCAGAACUCCACAGGCCAUGGCUCCUACCCAUGAAGACCAAGAAAGAAUUUACAGUCUUUGAGCACAUUGACAUCAACACUCCAUUAUUGCUGUCACCACAGGCCGGCACAAAAGAUAAGACACUUUGCUGUUGGUUCUGCACCUCAGGUCCUAUUUCCCUAAGUGCCAAAAUUGAGAGGAAAGGAUACACCCCAGGGGAGUCAAUCCAGAUUUUUGCUGAGAUCGAGAACUGCUCAUCACGCAUGGUCGUGCCAAAGGCGGCCAUCUACCAGACUCAGACCUUCUACGCCAAAGGGAAGAUGAAGGAUGUCAAGCAGCUGGUGGCUAACCUGCGGGGAGAAUCUCUGUCCUCGGGCAAAACGGAGACGUGGAACGGAAAGAUGCUGAAGAUCCCGCCAGUCUCCCCCUCCAUCCUGGACUGCAGCAUUAUCAGAGUGGAGUACUCUCUCAUGGUGUAUGUAGACAUACCUGGAGCGAUCAACCUGUCCCUGAACCUGCCUCUUGUCAUCGGAACCAUCCCUCUUCACCCAUUUGGUUCCCGCACCUCCAGCGUCAGCAGCCAGUGCAGCAUCAGCUGGCUGGGCAUGGGUCUGCCUGAAAGGCCGGAAGCUCCUCCAAGCUACGCUGAAAUUGUGACGGAAGAGCAGAGACAGAGCUGUCUGGAUGUCCCAGCAGCCCGCGAGGAGCUGGACGGACCUCUCUUUGCCUAUAUUCACGAAUUCCGCUUCCAGCCCCCUCCUCUGUACUCUGAGAUUGAUCCUAACCCAGAUCAUGCCAGCCGUACAGAGGAGCGCAGACUUGAUGCUUGCCCAUCACGCUGAGGAUAUCCCAGCAAUUCCCCUGAGAUGUUUGGGGAAACUCAAAGAAGCCUAGCUGUAAGGCUCAGCUUUGAUUAUUUUCUCAGCUGACAGCAUUUACAAAAUGCUGUUGACAAUAAGAGGAAAAACAAGAAUAUCCAACCAAAAAAACCCAAACAAAAACGAGUGAGUCAGGUUGGACGAAUCUGUUCCUGCCUUCCCUCAGCAAGAGAAAUGGGAGUCACCAGUUCCGGGUGUCUUUCCUUUCCUGUGUCAGCUUGCUGGGGGUGACAUAUGUACAGAUGAACAUGUAUCCAUUCUGUAUGCGAAGAGGGCGGGGUAAAAAAAAAAAAAAUAAGACCCUCUAGUAGCGCGAGCCCUGGUGAUGGUAUUGACAACGACAAUGACGAUGACGAGGAAGAACCGCCACGGCUCAGCCUGCCAAGCUCCUCUUCACCCCCGACUCUUCUGUACCUGUGGCACAUAAGGACUUAGCUCCUCUCACAAAGGACAGAACUUGUCAUGUCCGUUCAUCAGCAGAACUCACCUUAAGGAAAUGGGAUGAAGAGAAAAAGGUGUCACCACCAUAGUCCUGAAAGUAAGCUUUCAGCAGCAGCAUCAGUCAUCAAAAAAAAA